AUGUACCUGCGCUCGGACCCACUAAAUGAGACGCUGCCGCUAACUCGCGGGCUGCGGUCCCAUCAAACGCAAUCGACUACAGGACGCACACAGCGUCUGCUGUCGCCUGCGGCACGGCGCUUUAUCCGUUACGGCGUUGCCUGCCUCCUUUUCCUGGCCGUGGGGGACCUGAUGGUGACGCUACAGCGCUCCCUGCAGACGGAAAACCUUAAUCGUACAGGCGCGCACAGGGUUGAGCCCACAGUCAUGGAAGACUCGGCCGAUGCCGAAGCACCCCUGCAGCCCAACGAGCCUUUCCCUGGCUUCACGGACGAAAUUCUGACGCUUGCCGGAAAGCCCACUGAAUAUACGUCCCGACUCUUCUCGGGAUAUUUGCCGUUGAACAACGGAGGUCACGCAUUCUACUUCCUUGCCGAGUCUCAGAGCUCGACGGCCCAGGCGGACCCCGUGCUGCUCUGGCUCAAUGGAGGGCCGGGAUCAAGCUCCCUUAUGGGUUGUUUCUCGGAAAACGGACCGCUGCUAGUUAAUGAGGACGGGAAGACGCUUAGGGUGAACAAGUUUGCGUGGAACCAGAAGUCCAAUCUGCUGUGCAUCGAGUCACCCGUAGGCGUUGGCUUUAGCUACAAUUCCAGUGGAGUGUACGAAGCAGAUGAUCUCUCUCAGGCUCAGGAUCUGUAUGACGGGCUGCAGAAGUUCUUCGGGAAAUUCCCUUGGCUCAGGGAGAACGACUUUGUCGUCUCUGGAGAGAGCUAUGGAGGAAUCUACGUGCCGACCACAGCACUUGCCAUUCUGAACGGUAAUGCGGCGACAUCGGAUCAGUCCCAACAUAUUAACCUGAAGAAGUUCGUGGUGGGCAACGGCGUGAACGAGUACAUGGGACUCUCGACAGUUAUGUUCGCGUACUACCAUGGCUUGUUGAGCACAGAGAUGUACCAAAAGUUCCAGACUAGCUGCCCCGAUCUCCACGAAUUCGAAAAGGCCCCCCUUGCCGCUCCUGGUAUCGGUAAAGCUAGCUCGGAGUGCACUUCCGCUACCAUGGACAUCAUGACAACGUUGGUCUAUGACCGCAUCAAUAUGUACGACGUAUACGGGUCGUGUGCUGGAUCGCCGAAGGAGGAUAUUCAGCGUCUCGUGAAGGAGCUAUUGACGCCAUCAAUUCCUGGCAAGCUGCCACACCCCAUUGGAAACACAAUGGACUUGUGUCUGGACAAUAAGCGUCUGGACGCGUACUUUAACUUGGCUGAGGUCCGCGACUCGAUGCACGCCAACCCAAUGCUGGAACAUUGGAGUGCUAGUGCACUCACCGCUUCCGCCAUGGAUAUGCUGAGUACAAUUCUUGGUGUUGAUCACCCGAUCCUGCAGCACCCACAGAUGUUGAAAUACACAUCUUCACUUCAAGGUGAAGUGACUCCCUUGUGGCGCCGGCUACUUGAGCGUGGAGUAAAGGGGGUAAUCUAUCACGGUGAUUCUGACUUGGUUUGCAACGCUCUGGGGGGACUCUGGGCGGUGGAGUCGCUAGGUCUUCCCCGUCUGGCACCGCGCUCGAUCUGGACUUACGAGGAGGGAGACUCAAAGCAAACGGGCGGCUUUGUGGAAGCGUUCAAGGGGAUCUCGUAUGUGACUGUAAAGGGAGCGGGCCACCUCGUGCCGAUGGGGCAGCCUGAGGAGGCCAAGCAAAUGCUUGAUUUGUUUGUGCUCAACGACUUAAAGUAA